AUGGUAUCACCGACGGUCAAUGUUGCUAGGUACACGGCUCUAUUCACCGGUGUCGUCUAUGGCUGGUAUCACCGAAGACAGCUUCAGGCCGACCAUGACAUCCAAAAGCAAACCCAUGCCGUGCACGAACGGAAGAUCCUGAUUGCGGAGGCGAAGGAGGCGUACAAAAAGAAGCUGUCGGCGCCCAAAGACUCUGGUGUGGUGACAAACCCGGAGGACCCUCGUUUCGAUCUAGAGAAGCUCAUAGCGAAGUGGGAAGCCGAAUCCUCGUAG